AUGGAGCCUACCACUUUGAUGGAGCCUACCACUGUGAUGAAGCGGUCAUCGACCAGUUCAGGGUGUAGUGGUAGCGAUAAAUCGUGCAAAAAGCAUUCUGAUAGCAAUGCUGUUACCGUUGGGGUUGCAGUAGCGAUUCCAGUUGGUUGUGUGUUGAUUCUAUUUGCUGUUAUACUGUGGAUCGUCUAUAGGAGGAAUAAACGUGAGUCGCAGGACGAUAACGACCCAGAUUUCCAAGGUGAUACCGAGUAUUUGCCCACCAAUGAGGGCAGGGAGUAUCAAUUGAGAUCUGUAACCCAGGAAAAGGACGAUGAAAGUUAUUUGCCUCCAAAUAACGGGCGCUUCAGUCGUAGAAGAGACACGGACCCAUUUGUGCUUCCAGAGGAUAACGGUUCAUCUCUACGGGAUUUUGCGCGUCAACUAAAGAAUGAAGAGUAUGGCCCAUACCGUUUGGCGUCCAAUACGAAUUCCAGGGUCGCAAGUCAAGUUUCUUUACCUUUUGAGAAGAAUGAGGUUAGAAUUUCUCACAAUGUUGGUUCCACGUUGAGUCCCUACACUUCAACGGAUUUCAACUAUACUCAGAGUGAUAAGACACCGCCUAGUGAGUCUUGUUCUUCGUCAAAUCCACCUUUGGAGCAGAGUCCUGUGAAAAGCACUGCAGGAGAGGUUACUAGGCAGUACGUUCAAGAUCACAGCGGAUUUGAUGUUGAACAUUCGCGAGCGGAUACGACCGCUGAUAGGUCGAACAGUGUUGAUAUGGGAAACGUACUAAAUCAGCUUGACAGCUCGAUCCGCGCAGAGUUGCAACAGCAAUCCGAUGACGACCAUGUCAUCGGCAUUUCGCCUGCAGAAGAGGAAAAUAUACAACGGAUGAAGAGUAUCUACAAAGUGUACCUAGAUCGGGAUGGAACCGUGAAGCAACACCACAUAGAUGAGCCAGAGGACAAAAAGGAGGAAGAAGAAGACGAAACCGUGGAAGGACCCUCAGAUCUCCAUCUAAAUGCACCUGCGGAGUCACAUAGAGUAGCAUCUUCCAUCUACUCAGCUGCAAUACCUCUGCAGUCAUAUCCGGAACAACAAUAUUAUCCAGUUCAGGAACAAAAUUCCCAAUACUAUCCAGUUCAGGACCAAAACUCUCAACACUUUCCAGUUCAGGACCAAAAUUCCCAACACUACCCAGUUCAGGACCAAAACUCUCAGCAAUACAUGCCCCAACGGCAAUUCCCGAUGCAAUAUGCCCCACAUGCGAUGCCUUUCCCACAGCAACAACAAUAUGCCCAUCCGCAGACAUUGGAAAGUAUCGGUGAAUUACCGUCCCCUGCAUACCUACCGUCAUCUUCAUCAUCACAUUCGCUGACUUCCUUUAGAGGCAAGUACAAGCAAGCACAAUUUCAACCGGGUGUCAUUAACGGUACCGCUGUGAAUCCAAUGGAUCAUCCAGAAAUGUUCUAUACCGGUAACAAUGGCUCCUACCAUUCUUUACAAAACUCUGGUCAGCCAGCUGCACCUCAUCAACUGAGACAAAGUAUCGUCAUGACAGAUCCCUCUCAAUUGACUGGUGGUUUCAAAUACAGACCUGCUGGAUCCAUCAGAUCUGCCAGCGCCGCAAACACUCGUAGCAAUACCAUGACUAGUCACAUGGAUCCAAUAUAUCAACAACAGCAGGCUUACAAUUCGCGUGUAAGUGGACUGUUGAACGAAGAAGACGUUAUGCAACCACCCGGCGUGGGCCAAAUCUUACCACACUCCGGUGGCUCAGAUGAGUUAAGAAGACAAAUCGGUACUUCUCAUAACUACAACGUGAGUUAA